UGGACUCGUCUGGCUCGACAGCAGGCAUCGGGUCACCAGGCAUGACAGCGGGCACUGGGUCAUCAGGCAUUGGAUCGUCUGGCUCGACAGCGGGCCACGGGGUCAUUAGUACCGGAUCGUCUGGAUCGACAGCGGGCACUGGGUCAUCUAGCGUUGGAUCGUCUGGCUCGACAGCGGGCAUCGGGUCACCAGGCAUGACAGCGGGCACUGGGUCAUCGGGGUACCGGAUCGUCUGGAUCGACAGCGGGCACCGGGUCAUCAGGCAUUGGAUCGUCUGGCUCGACAGCGGGCAUCGGGUCACCAGGCAUGACAGCGGGCACUGGGUCAUCAGGCAUUGGAUCGUCUGGCUCGACAGCGGGCAUCGGGUCACCAGGUAUGACAGCGGGCACUGGGUCAUCAGGCGUGAUAGGGUCAUCAGGCUGGAUCAGUUCAUCAGGCUGGGUACAGACAUCAGGCUGGGUAGAGGCCACAUCAGGCUGAAGUGCGGGUGCCGAGGCACCAGGCUGAACCACGGAAGGCAGGUUCUCAGACGGCAG